UACACUCAAUAAAAAAAGAUGUCUACUUUAGUCUAUGCUCAGCUGUCAAACCAAUAAAAUAAUCGAGCGGACGUUGUGGUUGGAGAAACAGAAUUACUCAUCAAUGGAUUAUUUAUAUUUAUUAUAUGUUAUUGUAAAUAGUAAACUCCAGUAGUAUUUUUGAGCCCCAAAUUAUUUUUAUUAUCUGUUAUAUGACGUAAAAAAAUAAUCAUGCAGCGUCGAAGGGGACCAAACUUUACUUACGUUAGUGGUUGUGUGAAGUAUAUGAUAUUUGUGCUGAAUUUUAUAUUUUGGUUGCUCGGAGGACUACUGAUAGCCGUUGGAUUAUACGCAUUCCUGGACAAAUGGCAGGCUACGGGACUCAUAAAGUUGGACACAGUAUACGACGUGAUGCUGAACAUCAGUCUGUUACUCGCGUUGCUGGGGGCCGUGGUGUUCGUCGUUAGUUUCGCAGGAUGUGUUGGUGCCUUGCGGGAAAACACAUGCUUGCUCAAAUUUUACUCCCUCUGCCUUCUAAUCUUGUUCCUUGUGGAGAUGGGCGGCGCCGUCUGCGGCUUCGCGUUCCCGCGCUCACUUCACGGCUUCCUCGAGAUCGGCUUCACGGAGAGAGUUCUUCACGCAUAUAGAGAUGACCCUGAUUUGCAGAACUUCAUUGACUUUGCUCAGAGCGAUUUCCAUUGCUGCGGUCUCACCUCCGACGGCUAUAUGGACUGGUCGAAGAACGAGUACUUCAACUGCUCAUCGCCCUCUGUUGAGCGGUGCGGGGUUCCAUUCUCGUGCUGCAUCAACGCCACGGACAUUGCCUCGGGGCUGGUCAACAUCAUGUGUGGAUAUGGGGCCCAGAACUAUCCUGUGGCCGAAGCGAGCAAGCGUGUCUGGACAAGCGGGUGCAUAGAAAUAGUUCGCUCCUGGAUGGAACGCAACUUAUACACUAUAGCGUCCGUGGCUCUGGGGGUAGCGCUAUCACAGCUGUUCGUCAUCUACCUGGCCAAGACUUUAGAGGGACAGAUCGAGCUGCAGAAAUCCAGGUAUGAUGUGUACAAGUAUGGAUGGAGCGUAACUUAUACACUGUAACGUCCGUGGCUCUGGGGGUAGCCCUGUCACAGCUGUUCGUCAUCUACCUGGCCAAGACUUUAGAGGGACAGAUCGAGCUGCAGAAAUCCAGGUAUGAUGUGUACAAGUGUGGAUGGAGCGUAACUUAUACACUGUAACGUCCGUGGCUCUGGGGGUAGCCCUGUCACAGCUGUUCGUCAUCUACCUGGCCAAGACUUUAGAGGGACAGAUCGAGCUGCAGAAAUCCAGGUAUGAUGUGUACAAGUGUGGAUGGAGCGUAACUUAUACACUGUAACGUCCGUGGCUCUGGGGGUAGCGCUGUCACAGCUGUUCGUCAUCUACCUGGCCAAGACUUUAGAGGGACAGAUCGAGCUGCAGAAAUCCAGGUAUGAUGUGUACAAGUAUGGAUGGAGCGUAACUUAUACACUGUAACGUCCGUGGCUCUGGGGGUAGCCCUGUCACAGCUGUUCGUCAUCUACCUGGCCAAGACUUUAGAGGGACAGAUCGAGCUGCAGAAAUCCAGAUGGCAGACAUGAAACAGGGGCACGGCGGGCGCCUACCGCGACGACUGCCGCCGCGCGCUGCUGUAGCCCGCGCCCGCUCCCGCCUCCGCCUCCGCCUCCGCCCCCGCCCCCGCGCCCGCGCCCGCCGCCGCUCUGCAUCUCUAACCGCCCGACACAGCAGCGGCCGGCUGAGACCGCGCCCGCCUCCGCUCUCGCUCCCGCUCUGCAUCUGCUUUUUAACCGGUAUACAAGAGAAAGAAUAUGUAAGUAUUGUAAGUGAUUAGAUGUGAUUUAGUGGUGGGCAGUGUGAGGGAGUGUCAUGGGGCAUACUUUUAAGCGAAGCCAUUGUUACAAUUUCAUUACUCACUAGGGUACAGUCGUCGUGAAAUAUAUCGGAGCGGUCGAGGUGUUCAAAAAUAUCUGAGCACGCGUUGUAACGCCUUGACAAUAGGUAUGUUCAGAUAUUUGUGAGAACCUUGAUCGCGCAGAUAUAUUUGAUGGCGAUUGUACUUAACUCUUUGAACGCCGCAGUCGGGCAUAACUAACAAAAGUUGAAAUAUAAAAUUAACCGAUAAUAGUACAUUACGAUACAAGUGCGAAAAAUAGGAAAUUCGAAACGAGUGGCGAUAAAUUAAAACACGACCGAAGGGAGUGUUUUAAAUCGACACGAGUUGCGAAUUACCUAUUCGCACAUGUAUCGUACAACGUUUUACAGUACAUAUGGCCCUUUAAAUGUUCGACACAGUAACAUAAUAUGCUACUUCUCGCACUAGUGCUAUAAAGUAGCCCCAUAUGUACUGUAAAGUUUAUUAUUGCGUAUUAUAUAACAUAGUCCUGGCGGUCAAAAAGUUAGUAUAAUAAGCUAAAGGAGUCAAGUUUUUUUUGUUCGAUCUGUUUUCUAUAUACGCUUGAUAUGGUAAACACUUCUUUCGGAGCAAUAAUCAUAUAUAAAAAAAUUGACGAAGCCCUCCAGUGGUGAUCGGAUUAGAACCGGCGUCCUUAGGUCACCACCUCUCACCACUUCACCACUCGAGGGCUUCAAUACUUUUUCUUUAAGAUAUAACAUCUAUUUCAUAUUAUAAUUAGAUGAUGAGAGAUGACAUUAUUACUUAUACAAAAAAAAAAAACACAAUUAUUUUUAACUUACCAAAAUUCGCAUUAAAGUAUUUCCCAUGACUGUAAGGCACGAAAACCUUUGGCGUGAGGCAGGCGUAACACAGUGGAAAUGUGUAACACAGUGGAAAGGUGUAACACAGUGGAAAUGUGUAACACAGUGGAAAGGUGUAAAACAGUGGAAAGGCUUUGUACUUGAGGACGCAUUAUCCAGUGUAACACAGUGGACUCUUUAGGUGUAUUGAAGUGUUACGUAACACAGUGGACUUGAACGGAUUUAUACUGUCAUAUAACAAACUAGGUUUGUAUUAUGACGUUAGCCAAAAAAGCAGCUUAAAUAUAGUAAAAUUUCCAUCACAUUGCAAAACAAACUUUGUUCUCCAAGAAAUAAUGUCUACAUUACGCUAUCAAUGUGAAUGAGAUAUGUCGUUGAGAUGGUAAGAAGUCGAUUGUUUUGUGGGUUUUAAAUAUAAUGUAUUAGUAUUAUAAAAAAUAUGUUAUAAGAAUAUAUCUGCGAUUUAUUAAAUAUAAAAUUAAGCGUACUGGAAAAUGAAAUAUAAGCAUUUCUAUCGCAAAACUAAUAUUAUAUAUGAAUGGAUCACGAGCCAGCAAAAGAUAUUAUAUUAACAAGUUCUAUUCCUGUGAUUAAGGGUAAUGUAUCAUGAAGCCUCGUGAACGUCAGAACCCACUCGUCAAUGGUAAGAAAUAAAUAAAUUUUUUUUUUACUUGCAAUGUAUGUUUUUUCUAUAAUUUGAUUAACCUGAAACUUCACAUACAUAUGUAAGUUGGGUGACAAUGCAAUAUUAUGGUACCAUCGAGCUGAUCUGAUGAUGAAGACAGGAGGUGGCCAUAGGAACUCUGAUAAAACAACGCAACCUGAUUGUGUUUAGGUUUGUUAGAAUUGUCUCGAUGAGUAUUAGUUGACUGUUGAAUGAAAAGUACAGUCAGCGAUAAAAACUUGUAUCAAAAUUGAAAAUAUUAAUAAAAAACUUAUUACUUGUUAGGGUAGCGGACUUCUAUUGAACGCAGCGGCAGCUGACGUUGACGAAACUUCAUCAUACAUCUUCUUUAACCACUUGACGAAUUAUCGUCCGGGAGAGAAUUACUAACGCAGUAUCUGACUCAGAAGCGUAAAGCGAUAUAAUUGUGCAAUAUUAAACAGAACAGGAAAGAAAGCUAUAAAAAAGCAUUUAAUAUAAAAAAAUGUGGUUGAAAGUGUCAUUAAAGCCAUAAUAUGGCAUAAUAUGUGCCAUUAUGUAUUUUAAACUUCAAAGUGUUAAGAUCCGACAAAUGCAUUUAUUAAUAGAAUCUCAAAGUAUUUAUUGCAUUUAUUACCAGAACGUGUCUAAAAAAACCUGUACUCGCACCAUUUUUUAUUUGGGAAAUUAUGUGAAAAAUUUAAGUGUGUACAGUCACAUGUCAUUCAAACUACUAACGGUAUGAAAUGUCCAAUGUAAAGUAAACCCUAGAUGUCUCAACUAUUAAAGUCCGUGACUGUACUAAAAAGUACACGUUUGCAAGUUUUUUCGAUUGAAAUAAGGAGAAAAAUAAGUCUAAAACGGUAUAAUAUUCGUACUAUUAUGUGAAUUAUUUAAAGAUUGGUAAAAUUAGGGAAAAAAAAUCAAGAGACACUAUUUCGCUCUGCAAUGUUCAGUAGAAGUGAAGUACUUAAUAUUUUCUAACAAAAAUGGGGUAGUCGUUAUCAAUAUGAAAUGUAACCCGUCAGAACCCCGAUAUUUAUAUACUAUGUAUUUUUACAACGAUAUAAGAUUCAAUACUGACAUCAUAUGACGUCACUAGGCACCAGGGGGUUAAAACUAAUAAAAUAACUAAAGAUUAACCACAGAAUCUUACCUGGCAAUAAAAAAAACGGACAGACAGACGGACAUGAUGAAUCUAUAAGGGUUCCUAUUUUUGCCAUUUGGCUACGGAACCCUAAAAACAACUAUGAUAUGAAGUGAAACCUACCUAGCUUGAAACAGUUUUUAUAAGCAAAAUCGUUGGCAUAAAAAUAACUUAAGACACGAUUCACCAGCAAAGCUCUACGUUUUAAUUUUAUUUCACGAAAAGUACAGAAGUAAGAUUUUCUUUCGUGUUAGAGUCAGACCAAGAUAACUUGGCAGCUAUUUUGAUAGCCCAGACCGUGUACGGGUUAUGUUAAACCAAAGUUCUAUUAAAUUAUGACGUUUACUUGACACAUGCGCCGUCUGGGCUAUGUGGAGUUAAGGAAUGAAAUCUCCAUGUACCAAAAACCCGCGACCCGGACCCGGGUACGUCCUUAAACUACGUCCAAAAGAGAGCUAUGGGCAUUGUGAAUGUCAUCUCGCUUUGUGUGGUAGGGCACAGCACAGCGGAUGUCAUUCCAGAUCUAGAGCAGAGUCCAACUGGAGAAGUAACUCCACCUUACAGAAAACAGCAGCCAAAUAACACUAGACCCUGCUCAUAGUGUUGUGUUCCUGCCGGUGAGUAAGGUUGCCAGAGCUCAACAAGGGGGGGCAGGUUUAGGGUCGGCAACGCGCACGUAACUCCUCUGGAGUUACAGGCGUACAUAGGCUACGGAGACUGCUUACCAUCAGGCGGGCCGUAUGCUUGUUUGCCACCGACGUAAUAUAAAAAAAAAAGUACAAUACCGCUACAAUACCUAGAAUAAUUGAAAAAAAAACAAAUCAUAGACAGCGCACUUCACUCCGUCAAUAAAGCCUAGGUUCUUAGCUACUCUAGCGCUACUCUGGAGAGAUUUGGAACUAUUUAUAGCUGAGAGCUGGACUUUUGCAACAGUUCUACCAUAAGAGAUUUCACACCUUUUAAUUCCACGCUCCAUAGUCUGGACUAUCAAAAUCGCUGCCAACUUAUCUUGGUCUGACCAAGGUAGGUAUUUAACCUUUUCGCCGCCACGUCAAUGAAGUAAUAAAGUUUCUUGCCGGUCCAUAUUGGGAUACUCUCCUCCAAUUGAGGGGGGAUAUAAAUCUCAGGUCAGAGGUGUAUAGUCUAUUUUUUUAUCCCGUAGACUAAAAUGACAUUUCAUGUGUUGCUGGUUUUUUACGGCUUAUAAAUAGUGAUGUACUACAACCGGUACUAACCCAAAAUAAACUAUUGGGAGUUACUUAUAUAGACAUGUAACACUAUUUUGAGGCAUUUAGAAAGUUUGUAUCUAAGUCUAACUAAACACAAUAUUUCUUAUAUUUAAAAGCGAUUUUAUUGUAAGAUUAACAGUCACCUCGAAGCUCAUAAUGCAAUUUUUAAAUGUUUGAGUGGAUUAGUAGUGAGUAGAUUUUAUUUAUUAUUUACUUCCUAUUAUGUAGUGAGUAGAUUUCAUUAAUUGUUUAUUUUGGAUCUAAUAUUUAUCAGUUAUUCACAAACCGAAAUCAAAGAUCAGCACUCUGUUUUAAGCUGGUCACAUUAUUUCUGCGUUUGACAUUUGUGGUUGUCAUUUUAGUCUACGGAAUUAAAGAACAGACUAUAGGGUUAGAGCCGGUGUAGCUUUAUUUGACGUUCAUAAGCGCAUUGUAAUAUGCCUACUUGAAUAAUAAACUAUCUUUAUCUUUAGUGUCAUCAACGCCGUCAAAAAUUACACGACAAACCUAACCAAAACCACGACUUAAUAUGAAGUCGUGGCGUGUGGGGCACGAAAUGUUCUGACUUGAUAUCAAGUCAAUGGCGGCGAAAAGGUUAGGUCCAAAUCUUCGUUGUUUUUUGACGAAAAAAUGUGACGGAGUGUAGCUGUUUCAAUGACAUGUUAUUUUUUUUUAUCACGUAAAUUAUAAUCUACAGCUAGAAAGAGUUGCAAUAGCGCUCGACUUUAUUUAUUUAUUUGAUUUGUAUUUGGUCAGAAACAAGAUAUCGAAAAUAAUGUUGACCCAUACCUACGCUACAAUUUGAUGGGAUAAAUUGUAAAAUUAGCUUGAAUUUUACUAUGUUAUUAUAUAUGUGUACAUAUUUAAUGAACUCACCAAAAUUUUAGCUCAAAAUAUUUUUAUAUUUCUAACCUAAUACGUAUACUUUUCUGAUGAAUUAUGAAGAUUAAAAUGAUGAAGAAUUUCUCAGAGACAUUUAAUUUAUAUUUAGACAUGAUGUCAUUUGUAUGAAUACAAUUUUUAAUUUGUAAAAAGCUGUCAAUUUGAUGGGUAAAAAGCAAAACAAGGAAUACCAUAUAAAAUGAAAUUUUGAAGUACCUAUUUCAAAAAAUUAAAAUAUGAACAUAAUUAAAAUACAUAAAAAUGGGUCACUUUAUAUGGGGAUUCUAUGCAGUUUGACCUGUUUUUAUAUCUGUUGAUUUGCGUGUGUUAUAAACAUAGUAUUAAAAGUAUCACUGCCUAAAUCUAAAAUUCAGUUUUUUCUUAUGAGUAUAAUUCUUGUUAUUCACAUUAAGCAUUGUCGACUCAAAGCGCCAAAUAUCAAGUAAUAGAUUUAUUUCGAUUUCAACUGCGAUUUAAAAAAUGGACAAAAUAAAAAAUACAACUAAGGGCUUUCAUUCGUUCACAUUCGGUACACAAUGGAGAAUAAUUAAAUAUAAUUUGGCUAGGGACUGUCUCAUUUCAAACAUAAACAGAGAAAAUCAUACUGUCUUUGUCUUCGCUAGUACCAACAACUAAAAGAAAGGGACGAGUAUAGUUUUUUUUUCCACUGGCAAAUUAGAUUUUCCAGACUAGCGGAAAAAAAUAGGCUCAAUGAAGACAAUGUCCUUAAUUAUGUUUUUUUUUUAAAGUUUUUAACCAGUUUUUACAUUUCCGACUCAUUAUUUAAUUAAUGUAACUGCUUUACCUAGUUUAAGUUAGUAUUUUAAGUCAAUCAUAUAUAUUCUAUUGUCUUCCUGUCUUACAUGUUUACCCCUUGAAUCAGUAACUAGCAGCAAUAAGACUCAAUUUCUCAUACGUAAAUAUGCAGCGCUUUUUUUAAACAGUAAAAUCCUUUUAAGAAAAUUCUGAUGGGCCCACGUCAAAAACGCAUCUCAAGCGGGAAAACGUAUUUAUCGUACAGUCAGCGUCAAAUAGUUUGUAGCAACCAAAGUAGCCAAAUAGUUCGGUACACCAUAUAUUUAGUAUGGUGUACCGAACUAUUAGGCUACUUUGACUGCUACUAAGUAUUUGACGCUGACUGUACAUAUGGUACUACUGCUAUAUGUAUGGGCGCGCUUAACAAGUUAUACCAUCAGUCACGUCGAAUGAUGCGAACGAUGCGUCCCUAUGACAAUUCAUUUUUAUCACAUAUCAAUCUCCCUAGCCGUAUCCGAUAAUAGCGACUCCAUCAACAAUUCCUACCCGGAUUAUGAAAUGGUCUAAUGUAGCUCGCAAAACCAAACUUUGUCUUGAGCGGUCAUACGAUGUGUAAUGAAGUUGUCUAGUCGAGUUGCGUGGGCUUAGGUCGAGUCUUGCGGAUAUGAUGCUUAGCAUCUAGGUCAGCGGUUCUUAACUUGGGGGUAAAACCCGUAGGGGUAAAACUGGUAUUUUACGGGGGUAAUAAGCCCAAUUCAAGAUAACAAAAAUUAGCCCUGUAAGAAAGAAUAUUGAUAAUUAUUGGGAGGAGGGGUAAAAUCAGGUUCCCUAGUUAGUAAUAGGGGUGCAGAACUGAAAAGGUUAAGAACCACUGAUCAAGGUCUUCCAGACUCUGCUGCUUAAAUUGAUCUACUUUCUCAUGAACACUAGAACGCCAUUCCGAUCUUUGUAAUGCAAUCCCAGCAGUCAGUUGGUAUACCGCGAGCGACGAGGUGGUGUUUGAGAACAUCUUUAUGUCGCAGGUGCCCCCUGCUUAUGCUUUCCACAAGAGAGCUUCGAGUAGAAUACUGCUUUGGGCAAUCUCUUAUUCUGCCUUCUUAUUCCCCUUCUCUUUCUUAUUCACACGAUAUGGCUACACCACUCAUUUUAUAAGGAGUAGUUGUCACGAAAAAUGUGUGUAGACAUUUUAAAAAGAUUUAAAGGAACUGCCACGGGUAUCAUCAUUCGACGCGACAGGGUAGACACUUUCUACUGUACCUGCAACUUGUUUUGUGUGUAUUAUGUCACUUAUGUCCUAAAACAUCGUAUUAAGCGGGUGCAACUGUAUUCGAGUUAAGUUUACAUCUUUUUUUCUGGUUCGUCUAAAUGUAAACUCAUGUAGUUAAAUCCAUAGAAUAACAUUCCCUAAAAAGUUAAUAUUUUAUCGCGUAUAUCGGUUUUUUUUCCAAAAAUCUUUCGUACUUCCAUUAUGUUACCGUUAAAUAACACAAUAUGUGAAAUGGUAACAAAAUGGGAAAAUAAUUUUCCAUACAUGUUCAUGCAAAACGUGUAUAGAAAUCCCCGCUAUAUUAUUUCAUAUCUGUUUUUUUCUUAUACUAAAGCAAUUUUAUUACAUCACAAUAAUUGAUCUCGCUCAUCUCAUUCGUUGUAACUAUUAAACUUUAUAAAAAAAAACAAUGGUCGGUUACUUUAGUGUCAAUUAUUUUUUACACUAGUCAAAAUUUACUAUUGUCUUUUUACUUCUUCUUUUGAGGGAAAAAAUGUUGUAUUUACUUGUUCUUGCCUUUUUCGUGCUCACUAAACUUUAAUUUGUUGUUUAAUUUAAGAUUUGCCUUUUUAACAUUAGGUAUAUAUAUUGAAGAAAAAAAAACCCUAAAAUGCCGCUGUGGUUAUGGCUGAUAUUUUUAUAAGUUUUGAAUUAUCAAUGUUCCUGGAUUGGACAGCGGGAGGGAUAAAAAUAUAGUCAAUUCGUCUACUUUUCUUUUCAUAGUGUUACGAAUACUGCUGGUAAAGGUAAAAUUCUUAACAUAAUGUAAUUAUUUAAUAGGGAAUAUUACGCGACACCGCGGCACAAGAAAAUGGAAAUUUGGUUAUCUAACCUCUCUAUCACUCUUGCAUAUUCGAGCGAUGAAGAGGUAGAUAACUAAAUUUCGAUUUUCGCGUUUCCCGGUAGACUCUUUGUAAACAAACCGCCUAGAUGCAUCAAUGCCAUAUUUUAUUAUCUGCAGUGAAAACUUGCCAAAAAACAGUUUAAGGCACAGUAUAUACAAGUUACGUAGAGAUUUACGAAAGGUGCUAGUGCUGCACUCUGGCGGCAGAACAUGCAAUACUCCCUAUUAGAAGACGAAUAAAGGUAUUUUUUUUCAGUGCUACCUAGGCGUUAAAAAAGUAAAUGUAAAUUAGCAAGAACCAUACUAACGCUCAAAACUUUGCUGCUCAUGUAGUUUCGAACCAAAUUGUUUCGACUUCUAUUCAUUAACCAAAUUUAGAGUGCGUUAUAUUAAAAAUUGCCUAAGUAGUAAGAUUUUCGCAUUCUGUGCUUCCAGAAAAAGUAUUUUUUAAUCUGUAGAGACCUCUGAAAAAACAAAAAAUAAAUAACACACGUAUCAUAUCGCAAAUUCGAAAUAUGCUUGCCCGAUUUUUCAUUAGACUGAAUGCGUUUUUUUCGAUAACCGUUAAUUUUCGAACUUUUGAGAUAAACAUUUCGUAGAAGUAAUUGGACGUUAGGUUAGAAUUGGUAACCUUUCUAAAAAUCUGUAAAAAAAAACUAACCUUGGUGUCUCUUAGGUGAAAACGUAAUCUUGCGAAAAUCUUACUACUUAUUGUGGUAUCUAUAACGCACUUAAGUGAUAUCUCAACUAAGCUAAUUAUUUUAAAUGUAUUGUAAAUAUAUUAUUAAUAUUGUAUAGUCGCCAUUAUACACGUAAGACUUUAAUAUUAAGAAUUAUUGAAUAAAAUAGGCCAGUUAUAAAUAUAACUCUCUUUUCAUAUUAUGUUUCUAUACAUAAAUAAUGUAAUAAAUAUAUGGUAAUGAUUUAUACUAUAAGUGGUUUUACAGUACAUAUGGUGCUAGGAAUGAGCACUUUCCGUGUCUACGUCGAAAGUUUAAAGGGCCAUGUGUAUUGUAAAACGUUGUACGUUACACGCGCGAAUAGGUAAUUCGAAACUUGAAUUUGAAACAUUUUCUUCCGUCGUGUUUUAAUUUAUCACUAUCGUUGCGAAUUUCCUACUUUGCGCACUUGUAUCGUAAUAACUUGUAAAGGUUCAACUGCCAAAUCUGACUUAAGAAGAGAUAUUUUGGCCUGGAUUAGAGUAAGGCCUGGUAGGACGCUCGAAGCGGAGCGUUCAGCGGGGCGUGCAGCGUGGCGUCGGGCUCACAAGCGAUGUGAGCAGCAUGCAGUGCGGCCGCUCCUAUACGUCUGCAUUUGUUUAACUUGCACGCCGCACGCCCCGCCCCGCUGCACGCACAACUCUAGCGUCCACUCAGGCCUUACACUAACUCACCCGUUACUACUGAUUUGUAUCAGUAAUUAUUUUGUAACAUUCUUAUUUCUUUUACUUUAUAUGAACUUAACCCAUUACCGCCCAUUGUACCCACUUGGGUACACCUGGGUUACGGUGUUUGAUUCAAUUUUCUACUAACUAACAACAUUAGAAAAAUGGUGGGCACCUAAAGGUAAUGGGUUAAAAUGGUCCAAGACCAAAGGAUAUAUGCAGAGUGUAAAAAUCGUCUCGAUGUAGAAUAGUUGUGGUUCUGUCGUAUAAACAUAGUCGGCACAACUUUGUCAUAUAAAAUACUAUGUAUUUUGAAAAGUCGUUAUUCUUGUACAUUAUAUACAGUGCAACUUGAUAUUAUAAAUUAAUAGAGAAUAAAAUGUCUGUAAUCCAAA